GGGGUCCUAAAAGACUUCGCUGACACUCUUGUUCAUCACUUGAGCAGCCGACUACCCCGGAACGGUGCUAGGACGCGUUUUGGGUGCGUGGAUACAUACCUUGCUGCAUACAUUUUUAGAUCUGUAUUGUUUUUUCGUGUUUUCUGAAAGAGCAGUCGCCAAAUAGGAGAAAGAAGUGAGGUUUUCGCCAUGGGAGCACAGACCUCAGCGCAACGGGACGAGAAGAGCCAAGAGGAUGCGUCAGCCGAGGAGCUGAGUGCUGAGGUGAACGUGAUUUCGGAGGGCGAUAGCGUCGUCGACUCCAAGCUCCAGCAGAAGAAUGGACAGAUCUCCAUCUCCAGGUUGAAUGGGAAGAGGGAUGAGCAGACAGGGCCUAAUGACCACUCCGAGGACAACACCCUGGCAGAAGAAGUUGACGGCGUGACCGUGUCUCAGAAGGAGGAGGUUCCUGAGACAAUGGACAGUGCUGCGCUGGCCCCUCAAGUGAAUGGAGAAAAGGAGGAGACCGAGACACCUGACAGCAACAUCACCGGAGCAGAAGAGAAGGAGAUUGAGGACAAACCAGGCGAUGCCAAUGAGGUGGGCUUCAAGAAGAUUUUCAAGUUUGUUGGCUUCAAGUUCACACUGAAGAAGGACAAGAAUGAGAAGACAGACCCGGUGCAGCUGCUGACGGUGAAGGAUAAGGAAGCGGAAGGAGAGACCAGCGGGUCUGAGGAAACUAAGGAGGAAGCUGCCACUGGAGAGGAGGUCAAAUCUGAUGAGCAUAAAGUGGAGCCAGAGAUUAUCAUUGUAGAGGCUGACACCUCAGAGACCCGUGCUGAGGCUGUGACUCCAGUGGAAGCCCUGUCUGAGACCGUGGAUGGAGAUGCUACAGAGGAAGUCACAGAGGAUGCUGCUGAGGAGAAGGAGGCUGAGGAGAAGGAGGCUGAGGACCCAGCUUUAGCUACAGCUACCCAAGCUGGCCAGGAGGCCAACCACUCUCCCUUCAGAAGGUUCUUUACACAGGGAAUCUUCUCCAACCUGCGCAAAAAGGCAAGCAUGAAGAAGCCCAAAGAGGAGGAACCAAAGGAUAAAGCUGCAGAGGAAGAAAUAAAUGUGGGAGUGGAGACAGCAGACGCUGUUGUGGGGGAGGAGGUAGUAAAUGCAAAGGAGGAGGUGCAAGGAGAACCAAAUGAGUUGGGCCCAGUUGCCACACCAGUGGAGGCUAAGCCUGAGUCUGCCCCAGAAAGUGAGACAGCCGAAGCCCUCACAGAAGAAAUCAAAAAGGAGGUCCAAACAGACGUUGCAGUGGAAACCUCAGAAGCCACAAUCACUGAUGAUGCAAAACCUGUGGAUGAGAAAGUUAAAGAUGCUGUGGAAGUAGACAAGGCCCCAGUUGCGGUCACUACUGAGUCUGAGGUGCUCUCAUCACAGGAAAAGGUUAAGGCCCAGGGAAGCCCCCUGAAAAAGCUCUUCACUGGGGCCGGCCUGAAGAAGCUUUCAACCAAGAAACCGAAAAAAGAGAAGAAAGAUGCAGAGGCCAAGCUUACAGAGUCUGGGGAACAGGUGGCUGAACAGGUUCAGACCUCCACAGAGUCAGCAGAUUUCCAGAAACCUGAAAGUGGGGCUUCAUCUCCGGAGGAGUCGGGUGUGCACGCAAUUGGUGUAGAAGCUGCCCAAGCUGAGGCCAGUCAAGAGGCUGAUGGAGAGGUUUCCAGCUCAGAUGAAGGGAAGAAGAAAGAAGGUAUCAUGCCUUGGUCUUCCUUUAAGAAAAUGGUAACGCCCAAGAAACGUGUCAAGAGGCCCUCUGAAAGCGAGGAUGAGGCAGCUGGUGAGAAAACUAAGUCUGCCACCCUGUCUUCCAAUGAGAGUGCAGUGUUUAUGGAGAAAGAGAAAGAGGAGGAACCAGAACCCACUGAGGAGGAGCCAAAAACCGAAAAUACUGAGAAGCUUGAGAGCAGCACUGAGGAACACAAAAAGAUGAAGAUGGACACCUCAGUUUCCUGGGAGGCCCUAAUGUGUAUGGGUGGCAACAAGAAAAGGACCAGGAAGACCUCUGACUCUGAAGAUGAGGAGACAAAAAUUGAAGAAAAGGCACCACCAGCUCUAGAGGAUCAAGCUAAAAGUGGAGAGUCUCCUCUCUGCAGCUCUGGAGAGGCAGAUCAGGAAAACACAGUGUCAUCCCCUGAACCAUCCACUAGCCCCACCACUGGAGAAUCCACAUGGGAUACUCUCAAGCGUCUUGUCAUCCACAGGAAGAAGCCCAAACCUGAGGACAAGACAGAUGAAUCCGGUGGUGAACAGAUUGUCUCAGACAGUGAAAUCCCCAAAGAAGAGUCCUCUUUCUCCCUAAGGAAACUCAUUCCUGGACGCAGAAAGAAGAAGCAGCUUUCCUCAGAUCUGGGGUCUGGUGAGGAAGACUCUGACACCCCAGCAGUGGUCCCUCUUUCGGAGUACUACAGUGAGCCGACUGAGCCAAAAGACUCGGAACCUGAAAUGAGCGUGGAGACAGUUGAUGCUGUGGAUGUAGUACCUAUUUCACAGGCUCAGUCAUCCAUCGAAGAGAGAUCCCCCUCUUGGAUCUCAGCCACAGCAGUUGUGGAAAACCUUCAAGAGAUACUACAGGAUCAGCUCAGCGACAUCCCAGAAGAGGGUGCGGCUACCCCCAAAUCUGCUGACACUACCAUCACUGAGGACAUUGUAGAGCAGACCUCAGAGGCAGUCACAUGCCAGGAGCAGGAGCCUGAGCUUUCUGUUGCCGAGGUGACUGCUGAUUCUGUUGCAGAAAGCAUUGUAGAGAAAACCUCAGAUUCAGUCACGUGCCAGGAGCAGGAACCUGAGCUGUCUGUUGCCGAGGUGACUGCAGAUUCUGUUGCAGAGGACAUCGUAGAGCAGAGCUCAGAGUCUGUCAAGUGCCAGGAGCCUGAGCUGUCUGUUGCUGAGAUCAAUGCAGAGAUGAUCCUCACCACACAUGAAGAGACCACCCCUCUGCCCAGUGAGCCAGAGCCAGAGUCUCUGGAGGUCCUACAGGAGGCUGUAGAGGUGGUUAGUGAUCUCCCAAGCCUGACUUCUGGUGAAAUCACACAGGUCCAACUGGAAGCAGCUGCAUCGGUUCCGGAACUCACACCAGAGAUUGAGUUUGCUGAAAGCAAAUCAAAAGUUGUCUUGAUGGUGCAUGAGCAAAAUGAGGUCACCGCCAUUUGCACUGGCCUCAGCACCAAGAAGAUGGAAGAGGUGGCAGUGGAGAACACUAUGAUGCCUAUUGUUGAGUCUCUAGCUGAGAUGAGCAAUGCUCUGUCCAUUGAGAUGCCGCUGGAACAUAAGGCAGAUACAACAGAGGUGGCUGACCCUACUGAAGACCCAGUGUUUGAGGCUCAGGUAGAGCAAGUUAAAAGCACAUUCCUGGAGAAACCUCCAGAAAACACUGUUGAAGACAUUCCAGAGCAUGAGAUAGCCACUGAGGAUAAAGAACCUGAAGUUGAGAAAGUUGCCACAGUCAACGAUAUCCGGACGGAGACUGAAAUCAUUGAGGCCCAGUUUAUAAGUGGGAACACACCCAAAGUGGAGCUGGUGGAUCCCAUUGCAACAACUGUUGAAAACUCAAUACCUGCUGACAUUGUGGAGGUCUCUGAGGCACUUGUUGCAGAGUUUCAAAGUAAAGAAAUGGAGGUGGAAGAGACGGCUGCCGUCGAAGAGAAUUCUGCUGUUGAGGAGGUGAAUGAGCCUGCCACCCGAGAAUUGCUUACGUCACUAACUGAUGCCAACCAGGCUGCAGUAAAGGAGUGCGAAGCAAACGUGGCGGUUGUAGCCCCCGCCGAAGAGUUUGCCAUUGUGAAGGAGACUGUGUGCUUUGUCAGCUCACCAUCAGAGUCCAUAGAAACUCAGCAAGUGGAGGUAACUGAUGCUGCAGUGAUAGAAACACUCUCAGUGGCAGUUGCAGAGCCCACUGGUGAUGACCAAAUCCAAGUGCAGGUGACUGAGGUUGGCCGUACAGAGGCAGAGGAAACAAAGGAGGAAGGGGCAAUGGAGGAGACUGGCUUGGUUAUUGCUCAGGUGGUCAUCCAGAGCUCUCUCAAGAAAGUGUCUGAAGCUGAGGCUGAACCUAAUGCUCCAACUGCCACCACCACAACUGAAGACUCUUUACCAGUCCAGGCAGUAGCAGCCAUAGAGGAAGAGAUUGAACAUGUAACUGAGGAAAAACCAGUCAUUACUGAAACUCCUGUAAUUCAAGUUGAGGCACCAGCACCAGAUACACCAGCCGAAAAACCUGCAACACCAGAGACAUCAGCCAAAACUUUAAAAAUGCAAAAGGAAGUCCAUGAGGCAGUCCAGGUCAUUGAGACAGUUCCAGUCACAGUUGAAAUCACAGAGAGUAUUAUGGAAGAAGUUACAAUGGAGGCAGAGAAUGUUAUUAAAGGAAAAGUUGAGGAGAUAAAACUGGAAGUCGAAUUAAAGGAAGCUGUGGAGGUUAAUGUAAGUGAGGAGAAAGUUGUAGCAGAGAUAGAUGGAAAAGAAUUGGGAAUCAAUGAGGAACAGAGAAAUGUUGAGCCAGAAGAGGACGUUCUUCAAGCUCAAGUAGGGGAUGUAGUUCAGCAAGUCCAAGAAGUGAUUACAGAGGUUCUUACUUCCGUGACAGCUGUAGAGAAGUCAGAAGUAAUGUUUGUGACAAAAGAGACAACAGUGGAAGAAGCCCCAACAGAGACCACCGAAGCCCCAGCCCAACCAGAGAGGUCGAUUGCGGAAGUCUUGGUCCCACAGACAGCAUCAGUGGUAAUACAUGCAGCACAGAUUGUUGAAGAGAAAGCAUCUGAGGAAAUCCAUUUGGAGAAGGUGGUGGAAAUGGAUUCCAUUGUAAGCACGUUAGAGUCAAAGGAAGCCAAAAAAGACGCACUUACCCCUGAAACUAUACCAGAUGCCCUCACCUCCGUUCCAGAUGUCGCUGAUGUCAUUGAGACAACCAUGAAAGGUGACAGUUCCACAAUUCAGGAACUGGCUUCUGACAACGCUCAAACGGUUCUAGUAGAGCCUCAAACUGAAGCUGUAGUUGUCAACCAUGAUUCCCAAGUUAACAGCAUGGAGGAGGUUGUUGUCGCCAUGGCUGCAACAGUAUCCAGCACGGCAGAGACAGUGGAAGAGACGGCUGCAUCAGUGAAGUGUGCAGAGGUUAUGGCGCAGGUGAUUGAGGUGAUCGAGGAGGCUGUGAAGGAGAUUGAACCGAUCUCCACAGAGCUUACAGCAGCAUUGUGAGCAGGUGGAAAGGUAAAAUGGUUGCCUGGGAAAUAAACUGUCCUGACCCGGAAGUGAGUGGUAAUGAGAAAGAGAUUGAGCGAGAGGAUGCUCUGUGGAGAAACUCACUGAGAGUAAUUUCACCCCACUCUGCCCAGAGCAACUGAGUGACUGAGCGACAACUUCAACCCUCUCUCCUUCCAACCUGCCCCUUGUACUGCAGCACCAGCCCUUUCACAGAGAGGUGUGAUCCCUCAAAACCCCCUGCUGUGAAGCAUCAAUCCCCCUAAACACACACCAUGCCUAUGUCCAAGUCCCACAUUUGGGAAGCUGGCACAUCUGGCUUGCAAUCAAUGUUAUGUACGCUUGCUGUCUUGAUGACGUCCAUCGCCUUGCACUGGAGUCUGCUGCGCUGUGGAAUGUCUGUUGGAGGGUUGUUAUCUUGUAUAUUGUAUUUAUAUCUCAUGAGUAUUCUCUCAUCCCCCACCCCUUUUUUUCUAUUUCUGAUUGUAUGGAAUAUGUUCCCCAUAUCUCAUGUUAUGUAAGACUCAGAUUCAAGGAUAAUGUUUGGAUUCUGCAGAAAUUUUAAUUUAACUAUGGUACAGAUUUGAUUUCAAUGGCAGCAUCCGAUAUCAUUGAUUACAGACAAUGACUUAAUGUGAAUCCAUGGAGAGUGAUUUGAAUGCCAACAGAAGUGCAGCAGUCUUAAGACGUUUAACCUUUGACAUGUUCUCUGUCACACUGUACUUCACUGUUUGGCCUGACAAUAUAUUUUCAGCUAUAGCUGUAGAUAAACACACUUCACUGCCUAACUGACUGUGAAAAAAAUAUAUUGCUACUUUCUGAACUAUAAGUGUGUCUUUAAAUAUCAUGUUAAAAUACAAUAAAAACUAUUAUCUCACCCUGGUUUGAAAAUAUGAAAGGUAUUUCGUGACACUGAAUUAAUCAAUUAAUAAAUUGCAGUGGAUUAUCAUGUACAUAUGCAUGGUAAGAGUAGCAUAAUCUCAAUGUUCGGUUGUCUUGUACUUUCAAAUGAAACUGCUUGAUCUCUUGAAAUUGUCUGGUGAGCGAAGGGGUAUGUAGCCUAACAGGCAAGUUUUACUAGUUAUUUGGCGCCCUCUGUUGCUGACAAAGACAAUUGUUUUUGUCAGUCAUGACAUUUUAUCACUCCCACCGAGGAGGGCUGUGGGUUAAUGUUGAGAUGAAAGUCUCAAAUGUUUGCAUUUCUAUUAAUGUUCAUAUUAGCAUAUUUUGCGGUUAGAUACCCCAAACACACAUUUCCUGUAAAUUGUGUGACAAAACAGUAAGUUAUAAGUCAGCUGUAAUGGGACAAGGACUUGGCACCAGAUACCUUUUUAGAUGGCACAAAAUACUCUAAUCACAAAUCACAUGGUACCAGGCAUAGAAAAAAGCUUAUGUAGUUGUUUGUAGCUAAAUUGAUUUAGGGUUAUCACGGUCGCUCACAUGACAGAACAUCAGCAGGAAGAAAUUAGAUCCCGAGAUCUCGUUGGUUUCAAAUGCUUGAAUCUGGGUCAGCCUGAUUUACUCAUUUUUAAGUCACCUAAUAUUUACAAUUUAUGUCAAGUGCUGAUUUGGGAUAUGAUUGAUGGCUGGAUAGGCCAAUCCUACUGUGGGCACAUACUUGCCACAUUAGGGAUAAGGAGAAGAUCGCAGAUAAGCUAUUGUGCUGUUACAAAGAGGACCAAAAUUAAAACAAAAUGUCAAGACUAUACCAAAAAAGCAGACAUGGGUGAAAUUUGGAUGUCUCCUCUUCCUGACCAAAUUUGGUGAAGUUGUGCUAACAAUCAUUUAGACAUCAUGAAAAGUAAUCCAUCCUUCCUAUCUAUCCCUCAGAUGUCAAAAUGAUUGACAGCAUUGGCUUUAUACCUCACAAAGCUGACUGACCAAUGAGAUGAGGGAAAGAUUCAAAAGCCUAGACCACAGUCUGAUCACUUUCACUUGUACUUACUAUGGAUGUUUCACACAAAUCCAUGUUUGCUUAUGUAAAAGAGUAAAAAAUGAAAUACUCCAUUGUGUUUGCUGCUUAUUCUAUGGCAUUGGGUUUGGAUACACCUCCACCUUAGAGCCUGCCAAGCUUUUUGUAACACUAACUGUGAAGCUGGUAACAUUUGUACAGACUGCAUACCCAUGUACUUAAAAUGCAUAUUGUAAUAAUAACAAAUAACCUAAUUCCAUAGUAUGUAUCUGUAGCAUAGACUUAAUGGUCUUUUAUAUUUUCCAAGCUUUUAAUAGUAUGAUACAGAAAACUGUCUAUAUUUCAUUCAAAAAUAAAGCUUGCAUAAUUAAAA